GGCAAAAGCGUGAAGUAGAGUUAGAUAGCAGACGUCAGUUCUUCAAGCCACUAGCCGAUCCCGGCAAUGAUGUGCAGACCGGGAAAACACGAGGUAGGGAAAAAAAACCCAAAACGAACAAGGGGGAUAUCAUCAAUGUUUAUUGUUCCCUUGUUCUUGUUAUUAUUCUUCUUCUACUCCGCCUUCUGCCUUAUGACAACAACCCUUCCAAGCUUGCGGCUGGGCCCUAGCCUCCCCGUCGUUUUCUUUGUCUGCUUCUUUUUAUUUUAAGAAUUCUAGUGGCGUACAUACGUAGAUGUCGGCGCAGGCGAUACGUAUAUCGUGAGAGAGAUGACGUGAACUGCGGCUUCGACGAGGCAAGGAUCAUCGCCCUUUGUGUAUAGUAUCGCCGGGUUAAACCUCCCGUUUAAGUUGAUGGUGAAGAGAACCGGUUGGGGUAAAGGGUCGAUCGGCCGUCUCAGGCUAGAUCACCGUCUCAGCUCACGGAAGGAUCCCGUAGGUGUGCGGAGUACGUGAAUUUAGAAAAAUUGGAAUGAG